AUGGACGUUUUAGAUUCUUCAAGCGUUUAUCCACGUACAAUAUGCUUCCGAAACUCAGAAAACGAACCAAAAGAAUUGGAAAUAUAUCAGGAAAUUCUCACCGACGUGGGCGGUGUGAUUUGGGAUAGUGCAUUGUUAACAAUCCACUAUUUUUUCAAGCACCCCGAUCUGUAUAGCGGAAAGAAGGUCCUCGAGCUCGGUUCAGGAACCGGCGUGUGUAGUCUGGUGCUCGCCGCUCUCGGAGCCGAGGUGACAGCAACAGAUCUUCCCGAAAGAAUGCCCCUUCUUGAAAAAAACAUUGAGAAGAACAAGAGUCUCGUCGAGAAUCAAAUAAAAGCCGAACCACUCGACUGGACGAAGAAUGAGGCUCCCAACGAUCUCGACUUGAUCCUCGCCGUCGACUGCAUCUACUAUACCUCAUCAAUCGACGCAUUAAUUGAAUUUUUUCGAAAAAGUUGCGCCAAAGAAAUUUUGAUAGUCAGCGAGAAGCGCGACAUCGGCGAACCAUUUAAAGCGCAAACAAUGUUUUUCGAGAAAAUUAAACAAUUUUUCAAUAUUGUCGCAAUUCCUGAAGAAGAGCUUGACGAAGAUUACUUUGCUGAAGAUAUUGUCAUUGCAAAACUUGUCAAAAAAUCAUAA